AUGACCAUUUUUGCCGUUCUUUUAAAAUUGGCCCCCCACCAAACCGUCAAUUCGUCGGAGAAAAUUUCCAUCCGAAGUACCAUAACAAAACGAGAUUACGAAGAUGUCAUUAAUGGCUUCUUGAAAGACAUCUCUUUUCAACCCCCAACGAUGGAAUUUGACAUGGGAUUAAAGACCCGUGUCGAGAACCGUCUCGAGUCAUAUGGCAUUUCACAGGAAUUCAUAACUGAGAUCGAAUUGUGCAUCAAGACAGCGACCAAGAUCUCCAGCUGUUCCUACCCUUUCGCCUCACGCGAAGUUCUGGAAGCUAUUGCCCUCUACGCUACAUAUGUUAUCUCUAUUGAUGACAUUACCGGCAAUAUUUUGCCAGACCUCCAAAGCUAUGGAUCCCAGUUGGUCCAUGGACAAACUCAUCGACAUGAAUUACUCCGCGGCUUUACAAAAUUCCUAGCCGAUCUUCCACAGCUCUUUGGAAACUUUGGCGGCGACAUGAUUAUCAAAGGGACCAUGGAGUUUAUCGCAUCAGCCGUGGUUGAGCAGAGUCAGAAUGGUAUACACCUAUCACGUGAUGCGUCCGACUAUCUGGUCUUCUUUAGGGCUAAGACGGGCGUUGCUGAACCAUUCGCUUUUCUUUGCUUCCCUGAGGACAUCAAUCCCGAGGACCGGGACUUGGCAAAAUAUGUCUCUGCUGUUCCUAAUAUUAUGCUUUUCCUGGGCUACGUGAAUGAUCUCUUGUCCUUUUACAAAGAGGAGCUCAAAGAUGGGGACUGUCCAGGGUUCAUCCGAGACUAUGCAAUGGUCCAUGGUGCUACCUCACUUCAAGCGCUGCGUCAACUUCGGCACGAAACAAUCGAGGAAGUACGGAAGAUUCGAAGCAUAUUAGCAGGUGAUCCUGCCACAGCUGAGCGCAUUGAGCAGUUUAUUCAUGGAUAUAUAUUUUAUCAUUUGUGCGCGGGGAGGUACAGGUUGGAUGAAUUGGAUAUACCUGCCGCUGUUGAAGCUAAACGCCGUUUUCAUGGAUUGGCAAAAGGGUGA